AUGGCCGCCGCCCCUCGGAGCUCGCCGUCGACCUCGACACUGCGCGUGCGCAUCAUCGGGCACGAGCGCAACGUUGACCCACUCACCAAGAGCCCGAUCGUCCUCUACCGGGCCGUCGUCAAGUACAACGGCCAGACCUUUGAGCGCGCGCUGCGCUUUAGCCGCUUCUACAACUUCCAUAUCAACCUCAAGCCCGACGAGCAAAGGGCCGUCGGUGCCAAGUUUCCGCCCCGCCACCCGUUCCGAACCGACCUCACCGACAAGAUGAUCCUCAAGCGCGAGCACAUGCUCGCCGCGUACAUGGCCGGCGUCUCGGCGUUGCCACUGACUACACACAUGGAAGCCGCGCUCUUGCGGCUGCUCGAGAUCCGCAAAAGUCAAACCACGGGCUGCGCGCCCGUGUCUGAGACCAUGUCGAUGGGCAGCGCGUACGAGCCUGUGCACCGCAUCUUCACCAACGUCAACCGGUUGGACCACGGCUCGUUUUGCUCGUCGCGGUUGUCGCUCUCGGACGCGCAGUCGUCGUCGUCGUCGUGGCAGCAGCGCCCGUCCGCAUCGCUUUCGGAUGUGGGGUCGCUUCAGCACGUCGCGUCUGAGUUCGGGUCGUCAGACGACACGUCGCUGCUACCGCCGCUGAUUCCUCUGAGUGUGGCUACUUCGAUUGACGAAGGCGUUGUCGAUGAAGAGGACGACGAUGAUUCUCUGUUUGAAGAAGCCAUCUCCGAGCCCAAUGUAUCUGAGAUCGGCCAAGCUGCAGUGCGCCAGCGCGAGAAGGUGCAGUCGAUGCUACUUCCAGCUGCGUCUCUUGCCGUCCCAGACGAAGAAGACGACGAAGAAACCGUGAGCACUCGAGAUGUGCACACGAUGGACGUGAGCUUGUACCCGGAUGCAAUCCAGCAGCAGAUCUGCGUCGUUCAGUCGAUCUUGCGCACGAACCAAGCCGCGCGAUGAGACGCCGACGUCACGCGUGCAUGAACCUCUUAAAUGCCAGCGUCGAGUUGAUGGUUGCUUGA